AUGGGAUUGACGGGGUCCGGGCAGUCGAGCUUCAUGAAUCAAUUCCAGCUUGAUCGAUCUGGAAAGACCUCACCCUUAAACUCAUGGACAGAGAGUGUGAAGACCUAUCGGUGUUGGGAUCCUGAAUUCGAGACUUUUUGGAUCAUCGACACUCCUGGUUUCACCAAAACGUUGCGCUCUGAUGCUGAAAUCCUCCGUGAUAUUGCCGGCUGGUUGAAGCGCGCGUGCCUCGAAGGAAUUCAAGUGACCGGUAUUUUGUACUUCAAUUCCAGUCCCCGCGGCAAAUCGAGACCAAAGAGGAUAGAUGAUCUGUACUUGUUCAUCCAGCUCUGUGGAGAACAGGCACUGCGAAGGGUUAUUCUUGUGACCGAUUUCGGAGACAAGGCGGAUGCAACGGUGGAGGACACGCGCCAGCAAGAACUUGAACAUCCCCAGCUAUUCGAGUCCGUGUCCAUAAACGGGUCCAGAAUUUUCAGGCAUACGAACGGGACGGCAACAGCUAGGCAGAUUGUCCGACAUCUUCUUAGCAUUAGGACGGGGCAUGAACCAGGCACAUAUCUCCAGAUUCAAAAGGAAAUGGUUGAUGAAGGGAAGGAGCUUGACCAGACAAGAGCCGGGCAAUCGAUGGUGGCAGGUCUCGCAAUGCGGCACGAGGUGUCUGCGGAAUUCCGUCGCAAGCUUAAGGCGGAGUUACAGAGCUCUUUAGCCGAUUCGCGUCGCGAACUAUCUAAUCACCGACGUCAACAAAUGGAGGUUAAGCAAGUAUUGGAUGCUGCUCUGCCGAGCGACUACCCACACUUGAAGCAGAUGGCAGUGCAUUCAGACUCUGGAUAUGGGACUGGCGGCGACUUCGAUCAAGAUGGGCAAACGGAUAAAAAGGUCCUUGAUUCCGACAGAGGACGCGAGAAUACCAUCUUUUUGCAGGCUUCUAGCCAUUUCAGUACCGAUGUAGACGUCCGUCUCAACCGCGGAAGCGAUUAUCUGGAAAGCACGGCUGUUGACCUGGAUACACUGCAGCGAAUCACCCCGAAUGACGAAGACAUAGGCUCGCGCAUAGGAGUUACCAAACUGCCUCCAGUCCUCACAGCAGAGAAACACCUCGAAGCAUGUUUGUUGAACAACGACGAACUCCUGACCACAUUCCGUCAAAUUUCACAGCGGCCCAAUGUUCAAGACCUUUGUGCUGAUAUCCGAGAACAUCUCAAAUAUUAUCAAAUCGACUUAAGAGCUCAGGCAUGCACAAGGCUAGAGAAUGCUAGUGCUAGCCUUCUCCGGGGUCAUUGGUACAGAGAAAGAAUAGCGAAGAAGAUUGCCUGCAAAUUAACCGGAUCGGCUGAAGACGAGGACGAGGACGAGGAUGAUGAUGAUGAUGAAGAGGGCGUGCGCACCAGGGAGUCCUUGCUUGACCUUGAAGAAUGGAUUCGCGGCAACCAGGGUUUUAACGAUCCCAACGAGAGCGGCAUUCUUCCGGCGGAUAUGGAUCAGGAUACACCUGAAGACCGCCCUGACGACAGUCCCGAUGAUCUGCUUGAGGCUUUUAGCGAGCUGGAUUAUGUGAAGCGCAUGGAGCACUUCAUCUUCAGGGGCACUCCUUUUAAAAGACUACUCGAGCGAAUUCAGAUUCAGGCAGUCACACCGCGUUAUUACAGCCUACGUCGCACUCUGAUGACUCUACCCAAAGAAAACAUCAGCUUUUAUUCCAUUAUUCAGCAAAGUUGGCUCGACAGAUUGAGGCUUCGCAUCGCAAAAGCAUCCACAGUGGAAUGGGAUUGGUGGCCUCUGCCUCCGGCCCAGGAACCUCUUUCUACUGAUCAUUGCCGCAUAUCCUGGAAAUGUGUAGGGUGCCCCCAAUUGUCUGGUUCCAAUUGCUGA